AUGCAGACAAGAUUCCGGCGAUUUCUCACCGCCGUCAAAGAGAAUUGUUCCGUCCGCUACGCCAAAAUCGUUACAGCCAGUGGAUAUUCCGACGUCGAUCUCAUAGUCAUCAAAGCCACCGCUCCAAAUGACUCACCGUUGCCGGAAAAGUACGUUCAAGAGCUUCUCAAGAUCUUCGCCUUCUCUCCUCCUUCCUAUCGAGCCUUUUCACUCAGCUUCUCCCGUCGAUUUCGAAAAUCUCACUGUUGUGGAGUUCAACUCAAAUGUCUCCUUCUCCUCCACAGAUUGCUCCAAUCACUCCCCGACAACGCUGAAUUCCGAUUACACCUACUCCGCAGCCGAUCCAAUGGCUCAAUUUCUCUUUACCAUUGCCAUAGCCGACAAGACGAAGAUUAUGACACUUUCAUCAGAUCCUACGCUCGGUUCCUCGACGAAGCUCUGAAUUCCGAUUUGUCCUAUUACACAAAAACACUAGAUGAUUCACAUGUACACAACUCGAUCGGAACAAUUUCAAGCAGAAUCAACGAAAUUAACAGAGUAAUUGAAACAACAACACAGAUGCAAAACAUAAUCGACAGAGUAAUCGAUUGCAAACCGGUUGGGAGAACAUCACAAAGCUUCGUAGUUCGAUUAGCUAUGAAGAACAUAAUCCGCGAGAGCUUCUAUUGCUAUCACUCUGUCUGUCGAGAUCUCGACUCAAUCGAAGACAGUCUUCUUCAACUACCGUACCGGAGUUCUGUAGCAGCAAUCGGAAUCUACAAGAAGGCCGCGAUUCAAGCAAAUCAACUCUCGGAGCUUUACGAUUGGUGCAAAUUGAUGGAAGUGUGCAGCGCGUAUGAAUUCCCGGACAUUAAUCGAAUACCGGAAUCGAGGAUUCAAGGCAUAGAAGCAACGGUGAGGAGAAUGUGGGAGGUGACGGAAUCGUCAUCAUCGUCUACCAGCUCCGGAGCAUCGGGAAGAAAGGGAGCGGUGGUGAGGAGUGAGUGGGAGAAAUUUGAGAAUGGAGUGAAACCGGCAUUGAUGGAAUUGGAAGAAAGGAGUUGGGAGGAUUUGCUUGAAGCUUCAGUUUCGUUUACAAUGGAAUGGAAUUCGUUGAAUUGGGAAAGUAACGGAGAGGGAGAAAUAAUUGAAUUCAUCAAUACUUCUUCUCAACUAAAUCCCUUCAAUGCUUAUUCAUUCCACCAACAUUCUUUAAGAAUUAAUACAACACCAAAAUGA